AUGUCCCCCCAAACCUACCGUGCCAUUGCCCACCGCAAACUCAAGACCCUUCAAUCUCUCAUCCCCAAAAGCUGGCUCCUCGACGCACUACCCGACCCUCUCCCACUCGACGUCCGCUCCCUUGUUUCAGAAAGCAAUGUCCUGACUCCAGACGAACUCUCCAUAACUUCCUCGCACGACGUAACCUCACUCUCUCAACUUAUCCAUUCCCGGGCACUCACAUCUGAAGCCGUAACCACCGCUUUCUGUAAGCGUGCCGCCAUCGCUCAGCAACUCACCAACUGUCUCUCGGAAAUCCUCUUCUUACCGGCUAUCGAGCGAGCACACACUCUGGAUGCUGAAUACAAACGAACAGGCAAGACACGAGGGCCGCUGCAUGGCAUACCGAUUUCUUUAAAGGAUACGUUCAAUAUCAAAGGGUAUGAUUCUUCGAUCGGCAUCGCAAGUCUUGCAGCGAAUCCCGCAAAGGAGAAUGCCGCGUUGGUGGAUAUACUUCUCGAGCAGGGAGCAGUACUAUACUGCAAAACCAACGUCUCGCAAACUCUCAUGGCCUUGGAUUCGCAUAACCAUCUCUUCGGGCGUGUUAUGAAUCCACGGAACAGGCGAGUUACAGCGGGUGGAAGUAGCGGUGGUGAAGGGGCCUUGAUUGCCAUGAGGGGCAGUGUUUUGGGUAUCGGCACGGAUAUUGGAGGCUCAGUAUGCAUACCUGCCAUGUGUAAUGGUCUCUACAGCAUCAAACUGAGUUCGCAGAGAAUCCCUUUUAUAGGCCAAGAAAUUGGGCAGCUGCCUGGGAUAGAUAAACUGGGGUUGCAAGCUAGUGCGGGACUUAUGGCGACAAGUGUCAGAGACUGCGAGCUGUUUCUGAAAGCGAUUGCAGAUGCUAGUCCGUGGGAGAAAGAUCCGAAUGUCGCUUUCGGGUCGUGGGAAGGGCAAGGGGAGAUAGGAAGGAAACCAUUGUUCGGAGUUAUGAGAGCUGACGGCAUUACCACGCCACUAUCACCAGUUGCCAAGGUCCUUGAUGAAACGGUAGAAGCUCUUCGCAAAGCCGGCUUCGAAGUUGUUGAGAUCAAUGCUCCAGCUUUCAAGAAAUACCACUCACUGGUCAACUCAUUUUUCGGUAUCGGGGGGAACAACCAUACAUUCGAUAUACUUGAGAGAACCGGGGAACCUUUGAUUACCUGGCUUAGCACAAGGUUGAAAAGAACAAAGCCUGCAGAUUUGAUGAAGCUUAGCGAAUUACAUGUCAGAAAAUCGGCGUUGGAGAAGGAAAUGUUGGAAAUCUGGAGGGAUGAGAAUGGGAGAAAGAUGGAUGCGUUGAUCUGUCCAGUGGCUCCUCAUCCAGUGCCAGAAAUUGACAGGUGGAAUGGUGUUGGUUAUACAAGUGCAUUUGUCAUAUUGGACUAUCCGGCUGGAACACUGCCAGUCAGAGAUGUCUCAAAUGACGAUUUAAAGGACGAACUACCUGAAUCGGAAGUCCUUGGAGGUUGGAAUUCGAGAAACAGGGAUUUGUGUAAGCUCUCUACCUUCAUCCCCCUAAUAUUCUGUCUUUCAUACCACUCCUACAUGUUUCAAACCUCUGAUUACCUGUUCCCUUCCAGUGUGGAAGCGGCGGUAAAUCCUAUUUUGCAAGGUCAUGCUGAUCUAUCAGAAACAGGGCACCAGAGCACCAAUGAUAGGGGCGUAUAUUUGAACACGAAGCUAUCAGUUCAGGUUGUAGCUCCCCGAUUGCAGGAGAGAAGGCUUUACCAAGCGAUGGCACUUAUUGAUGAGAUCUUACAUGAUGCGAACUCGGAAACUAGAGCUAGGGUUCAAUCACGGAGCACGGUAGCUUGA